AUGAAGCCAGAAUCUCAGCUACCAAAUCCAAAGGCAGAAUCAAAAAGAACAUUACGGUCCAAAAUCAUCCCAGCAUUCUUGCUCGCAGCAUUUUUGUACUGCUUGUCUUGCGCCGACUGGCCCAGAGAGAUGUCUUCCUAUUUCGGCAGACAUGGUGCGCAUAAAGAUAAAUACAUUGAACCUCUCACGUUUGCUUUGGAUGUACUCAAGAAAUCACCUGUACUCGAUACUCACCUUGAUCUUCCAAUCGCCCUGAGAGAAGAAUUCGGUUUAGACUUUAAUGCAUUCAAUCUAUCAACUCCAGCGCCUUCUCCUUUCCCAAAUCACAUCGACUUUAAAAGAACUCGCAAAGGCCUUCUUGGCUCUGCUUCAUUCUCCUCCUUCGUCGAAUGUCCCGUGGCUGAUAAAGCAGACACCAGUGUACGCGACACGCUUGAGCAACUCGACACUGUAUUCUUGCUAGAAGAGCUAUAUCCUGACUACAUCAAAAUUGUUCACUCUGCUCAAGAGCUUGAGAGAUUGUCACAUAAGAAACUGGGAAUCAUGCUCUCCCUAGAAGGAGCACAUCAGCUCGGAGAUAGUCUAGGUGCUCUCAGGGUAUACGCGCGUAUGGGCAUCAAAUACAUCACACUUGCACAUAAUUGCGAUAAUGUCUUUGCAGACGCGGCAGUGGAGGGACAUCGAACAAACCAUGGACUGAGCGAGAUCGGAAAAGAGCUAGUGAAGGAACUCAAUAGGAAUGGGGUCUUAGUCGAUAUCUCCCACGUGUCCGAUGAAACUGCUCAUCAAGCCAUCGACGUGAAUCACGGACCGCUUUUUUGGAGUCACUCAGGCGCAAGAGAGAUUUAUGAUCACCCUAGAAACGUUCCAGAUGAUCUCCUCGUCAGAUUGCGUGACAGUCCAAACGAUGGCGUUUUGCAAGUCGUUAUCGCUGCUGCUGACUUCAUGGGUGAUAAUUCACCAACUAUCAUUGACGCCGCAAAUCACAUCGAUUAUAUUGCCAACUUUGCUGGAAAAUCUCAUGUCGGUAUCGGGUCCGACUUUGACGGCGUUCCUACCACGCCCUAUGGACUGGAAGAUAUCUCAACUUAUCCCGCGUUGUUUGCUGAGUUGUACAAGCUUGGUUGGACAAAGGCAGAUUUGGCUGGUUUGGCCAGAAAUAAUUUCAUUAGGGUGUUGAAGAAAGCAGAGAGGGUAUCGAAAGAACUUAAGCGUAAACAGCUUCCUUCAAUGAAUUUACCGCCAAACAGAGAUGAUCUUCUUAAUCAUAGAAACUAUUGA